AUGAAGCUGCUUCCUCUCCUUGCGACCCUCGGUAUCGGGGCCGUCGCCGCACACCCGCAUAUGCAAGAUGUCGAACGGACCAUAGAGUCCCGGCAGACAUGCAACGGGCCAGUGGAGAGCAACCCGCAGACGUGGUGGCGCGCGGCCAUCGGGCACAACGGCACGGCACCGACGAGCACGGAUUCCACGUUUCAGUACUACCGGACAGUCGUGCAAUACCAGGCCGACAACACCGGCGUCAAGGACUCGUCGGAUGCGUUCAACUGGGCCAUUGAGGCUUGGACCCGGACAGGCAACACCGUGACCACCCGUCCGGCAUACGUAUAUAUCCCUCCCGGCCGCUACCGCAUCAAGAAGCCGAUCCAGAUGCUCGUCUCGACAUACCUCAUCGGUGACCCUCUCAAACCCCCCGUGCUUAUUGCCGAUCCGGCGCUGGGCGCUCAACCCGUCAUCAACGGCUACGAUGCCCACCAAGGCGACGGGUCUGCGACCAAGAACUUUUACAUGGCUGUGCGUAACGUCAUUAUCGACACCAACGAGAUUGGCACGGGCGUGCAGGCGGUUGGCAUCGACUGGUCUGUCUCUCAGGGCUGUUCCCUAACCAACGUCAAAAUCCGCAUGCCCAACUACUCGAGCCAUAUCGGUGUCACCAUGAAGGCGGGCGGCUCCGGCAUCUUGAUUAGCGACAGUCAAUUCGAGGGAGGCGCCAUUGGAAUCAAAAUGAACGGUCAGCAGUACCAGUUCAAGAACUUGAGUUUCAAUGGCUGUAACGUCGGCAUCUCGGUGGACAGCGUCUACGUCCUCGUCGUCCAAGGCGCCAGCUUCGCCAAUUGCCAGUACGGCAUUGACAUGAGCCGCAGCACAGCCGGUUCUGUAUCUCUGGUCGACUCCAAGGUGCAGACCUGCCAAGCCGGCGUCAACACUGUCGUGACCGGCUACGGCCAAAACUCACUCGUCAUCGACAACUUCCAGGCCACCGGCACCACAGCGGUCCGAUCGACGGAUGGCUCGACUUUGCGCUCGGGUUCUGUCCCGGCGGGCCAGACGUGGGUUCUGGGGUACGUGAACUCGAACAACCUGCAGCGCGGCACAACAUACCCUAUUGAAAGACCGGCUGCGCUCCUGUCCGGCGACAGGUACUUCACCGCGCCGCUACCUCAGUACGAGAAGUAUGCACUGGAUCAGUUCGUCAGCUUGAAGGGUGAUCCUCAGUAUCCCGUCUACGGCGACAACUCGCACAAUGACGGACCCAACAUCAACGCGAUCCUCCAAAAGUACAAGAACUGCAAGAUUAUCUUCGUUCCUCAGGGUAUUUAUCUUACGCAAGAGACCAUCUAUGUUCCUCCUGGAACACGGCUGGUUGGUGAGACGCUCAGUACUUUCAACGGCAUCGGCUCGCGGUGGUGGAACCCUGACGACCCCCAACCUGUUCUCAAAGUCGGUAACCCCGGCGAAACCGGCGUGGCUCAGAUCAGCGAUAUCACAGUAGAAGUUGCCGAUGUCCUUCAGGGCGCCACCCUUGUCCAGGUGAACAUGGCCGGAUCAAAGCCCGGUGACGUUGGUAUCUGGAGCAGUGUAUUCCGUGUCGGCGGCACCAAGCACUCUCUCACCAACACCAACUGCGGCGGCUUGAACCCCGCCUCCUGCAAGGCUGCUUUUGCACUUUUGCAUGUGACAUCAACGGCAUCUGCGUACCUCGAGAACGUUUGGGGCUGGGUGGCAGACCACUCGCUCGACGGUGGGGCCGCGCAGAACAUUGCAGUGGGCAGAGGCGCACUCAUCGAGAGCACUAAGCCCACGUGGCUGGUGGCAGCCAGCUUUGAGCACUGCGUCCUGUAUCAGUACAACCUCCACAAUGCCCAGAAUGUUUACAUUUCGUUGCAGCACAGCGAAUCGAGUUAUUGGCAAGGCGAGGGCACACCCCAGCGCGCGCCAGCUCCAUGGUCUGUCAAAUCGGCAUACGGCGACCCGGACUUCAGCAAUUGCGCGGCUCAGGGUGAGGGCAAUAACGACCGAUGCUACCGGGGCUGGGGACAUUACAUGACUGGCAGCUCAAAGGUGGUGAUUCACGGAUCGGCGUUGUGGGCGUUCUUUAACAAGAUGAACGACAACGCUUGGCAGAACCCCCAGUGUGAGAACACAGGUGGCAUCUGCAUGACGAACCAAGCCUUUGCCAAUGGCGCAAAAUCAACAUACUGGUUUGGCUUGAACUCCAAGAGUUCCACGAACCUCUUGUACGACCAGACGGGCGGUGAGGUUUGGAAGGUUGUGGCCCGGGACAAUGGCGGCUCUUGGGGAGGCGUGCUGGCGGCGUAUCUCCGAGAUACGGGCGCUUGA